AUGGGCAGUUACUGCCACAGCCCUCAGCACGCGCCCUCGCGCUGCCUCACCUGCCGCAGACGCAAGAAGCGCUGCCACCGCGACGCCAUGUGCUGCCCCGGCAACCGCUGCAGCAGCUACAUCUGCGUGCCGAUCUCAGAGAGUGUGCUCUCACAUCACAUCUCACCAUUCGAUGAACACAAUAAACUGUCAAACAAAGAUCAGAGCUGGAGGAAGAACAGCAAAGCACACAGCAAACUCAAAGGUCACGAGGGCGACCCCUGCCUACGCUCCUCAGACUGCUCAGACGGAUACUGCUGCGCGCGCCACUUCUGGACCAAGAUUUGCAAACCGGUGCUUCGGCUGGGAGAGGUAUGCACCAAGCAGAGGAAGAAAGGCUCCCACGGCCUGGAGAUCUUCCAGCGCUGUGACUGUGCCAAAGGCCUGUCCUGUAAGGUGUGGAAAGAUGCCACCUCCUCGUCCAAGUCCCGCCUCCACAUGUGCCAGAAGGUCAGCUCUCAUCUUGUGUUACAUGUGGGGAAAACAGGACCGGCUGACCCAGACAUUGGAAACACGAUGGUUCCUUUGAUCAGAAUGUGCAAAACGAUGCGAGAAAACGACACGGCCAUGUGGACGCCUGCCAGAGCUUUUGGUCUUCAUGCUUAUGCAGAGAGCGCUCAGGCAGAUGGUGCAUGUGGAUAUUAUGCAGGACAUCCAAAUAAUAGCUGCAAUUACUUCAUGCACAAGUUAUGA